UCGUCGCGUCAUUUUGACCGGGAAGCUGCAGGCGGCACUGCAGAAAGAGGUGUGUGGUGGAAUGCUACGGCAACAUAUAUCCUCCGGAUAUUUGUACUCCUCAGCUUAACAAUCUAAACUUUUCGAAACAUGGCUUCUGCUACUGGCAUUCCUGACACUGCGGUCAUUCAUGCUGGAGAGGAUGAACCCCUCAUUGGGAGACCCGGCGGUGCAUCACAGCAAGAAGGGAAAUCCCUCUGGUACAACCUCGUCAUAGGCACAGCAGUCAUUGCCCAAGCUGGUAUAAUCCUGCUCACGGCCUCCGUUUGGGCCAGCAUCUUCCUCUCACCCCUCAUGCUCUUCUCCGCACAUCCACUUCUCAACUCCGCCGGUCUCCUCAUCCUUACACAAGGCAUUCUCAUCCUUCAGCCGACCCAUACUGUCGACCAGAAACGUUACGGCACCGCUGCACACUUCAUCUUCAACAACUUGGGGAUUUAUUCACUUAUUGCUGGUCUGGUUGUUAUCGAGGUCAACAAGUUCGCCCACAAUGGCACCCAUUUCGAAUCACCACAUGCCAUUCUCGGUCUGAUCACAUAUAUCUUGCUUGCUAUCCAGUCUUUCGUCGGAUUUACACAAUACUACACGCCGAGAUUGUACGGUAGCGUGGAUACUGCUAAGAGCCUGUACAAGUACCAUAGGGUCAGUGGAUACGUGGUGCUCACACUGAUGCUGGCUACUGUUGCGGCUGCAACACAAACGGAUUUCAACAAGACGACGCUGGAUAUCAAGCUCUGGGCUGUACUUGUUACUGCUGUUCUGGUACUUAUUGGAAUUAUUCCCAGGAUCAAGAAGCAGAAGUUGGGCUUGAAGGGAAGUGCUAAGCCAGCUGCUAGCGACAACUUGACUCAGUAGGUGAGGUCGAGGGAAAGAGUUGACCGUUCUAGGAAUGGGCUGUUUGGUGUGACCCUUUCAUUGAUUCUGCAAUGGAGUGGUGGAGCGUUUUCUGAAAUUAAAAGCACGCAUGGUAUUGGAG